AUGUAUGAGGAAUCAGUUGCAAACGCAGUUCCUUCAAUCUGGGCAUCCAUGAACAGCUGGUUCACCCCUGCUGUUCUUUUUGUUCUGCUUAAUGUUAUGAUUGGCACCAUUGCGUUUACAUCCACAUUAGCUAAUCAAAAACAGCAUCAUAACCACCAACAACAGCAGGGCUCUCAAAACGACAAUCCACACCAACAUCAACAUCAUCAUCAUCAUCAGCCAAAUAGCCUUGCCAGAUCGCCCUCUGUUCUUCAGCGCCUCAAGUCUAUCAAUUUUCAAAAUUACAGAUUCCCACAGCCCAGCUUCGUUAGUGCUUCCCACUUCAAAACGACUCCAGAUUCAGAGACCCAUUUCAAUUAUGAGCAGACCCAUCAAUCCCCAAGCCUAGAAUCCCAUUCUCAGUACAUCUUCGAACAGCCUAGUCACGAAAAAGAAGCGAUUUUUGGGCAGCAAGUUCAAGAAGCUCAGACCCAGUACUAUUUUGACCAAAUCCAGGUGCCGAAACCUCUAGAAACCGAAACCCAUUUCGUUUUUCAACAAACCCAUGAAGAAAAUGUUCAGGAAAAUGGAAUUGGUUUCGAUUCUGAGCCAGCCCCUGAAGAGUUACCUGUUGAAGAAGAUGAGCCCGUUGAUGAACUACAGAGCUUGGAUGAAGUGUACAGUAAGCUCACCGACCGACAUGUUCAAAGGUCUAAUUCCGACACAAAGCCGGUCGCCGGUGAGAUACCGGCGAGGCUGCCGACAAAGAUGAAGAAAUCGGCGAGCAUGAAAUCUGCGUUCAAGCACUUUGAGGCGGAGGACAUUGUGGAGGCUCGCCGCCCGGCGACGGUGAAGGAGAGGGCAUCGAAAGCGAGCAAUGUGGAGGAUGAGGAAGGCGUUGAUGCCAAGGCUGACGAUUUCAUCAACAAGUUCAAGCAACAGUUGAAGUUGCAGAGGAUUGAUUCCAUCAUGAGGUAUAAGGAGAUGAUUAAUAGAGGGAGUGAAAGACAACAAAUGGUCACUCCCAUUAAACACAAUCAUUUGGGAGUUGGGAGUGUUUCAGCGCAGAAAUGGGAUCUGGAAAAUGAAGCCAUUUUGUCCUGUAAUGAAAGAAACCGAUGGUGGUUGGCUAAGACCUAG